AUGAGUAGGGAUUACCUUAUUGCCAUUGACUUUGGCACGUCUUACAGUGGUUAUGUUUACAGCAUUGCCCCCAGAGGGGCUGAGCUGGUUCCGAACCUGCGGCGCUGGGGUCAGGAGUACGGACACAACACUCCAAAGACCCCCAACUGCGUUCUGUUCGAUGCCAACGGGAACUUCAUGCAUUUUGGAUACGAGGCCAAAGAUAAGUACUUGGAGAUGGACAAAGACGAUGCAGCCAAGAACUAUUUCUUUGAGAACUUCAAAAUGGAACUGUACAAUAAGAAAAUCACUAAAGAUCUGACCAUCAAAGACGGGAGGAAGCGUCCGAUGAGCGCGCUCAAGGUGUUCUCUGCGGCGCUGAGGUUUCUGAAGGACGACGCCCUCAAAACCAUCUUCAUGAACACAAGUGGAACGAGGUUCACUGCCGCAGACUUCAGCUGGGUCCUCACGGUGCCGGCCAUCUGGGACAACUCUGCUCGACAGUUCAUGAGAGACGCUGCUGUCGAGGCUGGGAUCGUGUCCUCGUCCUCUCAGGACAAACUGGUGAUCGCGCUGGAGCCAGAGGCUGCUUCAGUUUGGUGUAAGAAACUUCCGUGCGACGGCUUCAUCACUGAAGAACAUGAAGGAGCUGCUCUCCAGCAGACUCCAGGGACUCAGUACGUCGUUGUGGACUGUGGAGGAGGAACCAUCGACAUUACAGUUCAUGAAGUCCUUGAAGGGGGAGCCCUUAAAGAGCUGCACAAAGCAUCAGGAAACGACAAAGGAGGACGAAGAGUGAACAAGAGGUUUAACCAGUGUCUGAGAGAGUUCUUCUGUGGCGGUCUGUGGGAAGACUACGAGAGAGAGUUUCCCUGUGAAGCUCAGAAAUUUAUGUACGAUUUUGAAAUAGUAAAAGUGGCUGAAGGCGACGUGAAGAUGAUCUGUUACUAUAAUCUUUGUCAUCUUGUUGAACAAAAUCAGAAGAAGGGUAAAAAAGUGUUUAACUCUGUAGAAGGCGUGAGCUGGGCCCGUGGCAAAAUCCUGAUCUCUAAAAGCAAGAUGGAGUCUUUCUUCCAUGAGAGUCUGGUGCACAUCACUGACAGUCUGUGCGAGAUCCUGGACUCACAUUCUCAGAUACAGUACAUUCUGUUAGUGGGAGGUUUCUCUCAGAGCAGGAUCCUCUGUGACCAUGUGCGCCAACAGUUCAGUGACCGGGCCAGAGUGCUGUGCCCUAAGAACCCUCAGGAGGCCAUUCUGAAGGGAGCUGUGGUGUUCGCACGAGACCAGGCGGUCAUCCGCUCUCGCAAGAGCGCAUUCACGUACGGAGUGAAGACAUGCGUGAGGUACGACGAGUCAAAACACAAGAGUAAGUUUACCAAUAAAGAGGGGGACUGGUGUGAUGUCAUGUUUAAAAAGUUAGUGGGAAUCGAUGAAGACGUGGGAUGGGAUGAAACUAGGAAGUACAGCUUUACUCCAACAGAAAGGGACCAUACAGCUAUGAAUCUUGAGUUCUACCGAACUGAGAGGAAGUCUGUGACAUACGUGGAUGAGUGGGGGGUGGAGGGUCCUGUGGCCUGCUGUACUGUGGCCAUGCCAGACACCAGCAAAGGCAUGGAUCGUAGAGUCAAACUGGAGGUGUUCUUUGGCUCCACUGAGAUCAGAGCAAAGGCCACAGACCUGGAGUCGAACUGCACUGCUUCUGUCAAAAUAGACUUCAUCAGUAAAUAA